CCCAGACUAGGGAUCGAACCCGCAUCUCCUGCAUUGGCAGGUAGAUUCUUUACCACUGAGGCACCAGGGAAGCCCAGUUGGUUACUAUACCUGAGUCAGUGAACUUGAUGAAACAGGAAGCAGGAAUGACAGCCACCGGAAGCACAAUGCAGGCAAGUGACUUAUGUCAGAUGACACCCAUUAGACAUGCGCAGUUUAAGGACUGUUAGUAGAUUCAGAGUGGGUAACUAUCGCUGUUAUCCACUUGAGAACAUUCUCACGUUUGCAUCAUUUCAAGAAGAAAGCCACCUCUGUCAGCUGUCCACCCACCAAGUCCCUUUCUUUUGCAACCCCGUUCGAUUUUAAACAUUCAUUUGUCUGUGUUGAAAAUAUUUCUUCCUGUUUUUUCUGUAAUUUGCAAUGAUUGCUCAGAAAUUCUUAGAGAGCCAGGUGGCUCAGUGGUAAAGAAUCCACCUGCCAAUGUAGGAGACGCACGAGAUUCGGGUUUGAUCCCUGGGUCAGGAAGAUCCCCUGGAGGAUGAAUUGGCAACCCACUCCAGUAUUCUUGCCUGGGAACUCCCAUGGACAGAGGAGUCUGCCGGGCUACAGUCCACAGGGCCACAAAGAGUGGGAUGCAACCCAGCACGUGUUCCUUGCUUUGAAAGGAAGCAGUAAAAGUUGGCAGGGAUUCUUACCCAAACCUGGCACAUUCUUUACCAGUUUGAAGAUUGCCUGAAACAGCCCUAGAGACAAAGAUUUAGUAAAUCCUGAAUUAUUUCAGAGGUGCCCUGGGCUAAGCAGUCAUCUACAGUCUCUUUGAGAAAGUCCCAUGCCCUCAUGGGGUAAGGAAUGCCCACGGUCAACAUUUCAAUCAGUACUUGCAAAAUACACUGUAACUGUUGAUUGGUCUUAAGAAAGACCAAGUAAAAGCAUGUAUAAUUCAUUUAUUUCCUUCUGAUCUACUUUAAUUUCCCAAAGGCAGUUGCAAAAGUUGAGUUAUACAAUAUGUUCAUUUAAUAAUGACAGAAGAAAAGCACAUCACUAUCAUAAAAAACCUCAGUGUGGUUCGAGUUACAAAUUCGGUGACAACCAGAUAAACAAAAUAGUAAAGAUUUCCAUUCAAAGUUACUGAAAAACAGAUGGUCACUUAAGUAGUUCUUUUAGAAGGUAAGGACAGAUGUGAUCAUCCAUCUGGAAGUAAUUAUAAUUCUAAAAAAGUCUAUUAUUAUUAAACUCUCAGUUGAUUUCCCCUACUAAAAUAAUGAACCAGCUUUUCCUUAAAAUAGACCCGAAAUUAUUCAGGCAAUAAAACCAAAAGGGAGAAAAAUUUGAAAACUAGAGGACACAUUAAGAUCUCUGGCUAAAACUGGUAGGUUACUAAACAUUGAUAGCUUUCUGUGUCCUGUGAAGUGGAAGACACAGAUUUGAUUUGACUUUUGGUCUAUUAACUGUGCUGAAGUCAAUGCAAGUAAUUCUAGCUCUUCAUUAAUAUUUCAUGAGCUAGAGUGAGUUGGACUUUUUUCUGGUGAUGACUAGACCACAAGGUUCUCACACUUAAAAUCAGCUGACUUCAAGAUCCCACAAAACAGUAGAAACAUCGUUGUUGACAGGAUUCAUCUUAUUUCUCAGCUGCUAAUAAUAACAACAGGUGGGAGCCCUGGGCAGGCAGAGGGCCUGUUUGUGACUUAAUUAGCACCAGCUGAUUGGUGUUUAUGCCUGGAGUAUGUGAUUCAGAGAAAGCCAGGUUCACCUGCUGCUAUUUUCUGAGUGGGUAGCUAACUCCAGGGAGAGUUCUGCACUGCGUGAUCCAUCCACCCUCUACUUUCAGCUGGUCUGUUUUUCAAACUCCACUGUGUAAAUUCUCUUUUUCAGUUGAUUUACUAUGUUGUGUUAAUUCACACUGUACAGCAAAGUGACUCUUUUGCAUUUCUUUUCCAUCAUGGUUUAUCCCAGGAUAUUGAAGAUAGUUCCUUGUGUUCCACAGUAGGACCUUGGUUAUCCAUUGUGUAUAUUCUUUCUUCCUCCUUCCCUCCUCUCUCCUUUCUUUCUUCCUUCCUUCCCUGAGUCUUCAUUGCUAUGCGAGGGUUUUCUCUAGUUACAGCGAGCAGGGGCCACCCUCUACUCGUGGUGCACAGACUUCUCUUUUCAGGGGCUUCUCUUGCUGUGGAGCUCUAGGAUGUAUAGGCUCAGCAGUUGGGGCACACGGCUUUGUUACUCCAGGGCACGUGGAAUCUUCCUGCACCAGGGAUCAAACCUGUGUCCCCUGCACUGGUAGGCGGAUUCUUAACCUCUGAGCUAUGAGGAAAGUCCCAUUGUGUAGAUUCUUCAAUGAAAGACAACAAGAAGCCAAAAAAGACUUCUUGUCGGAUUCAUCAGCCUCAGAGUCACUCAUCCUUAGAAACAGCUCCUCUGGGUUCUGGAAGCCUGCAUGCCUGGCAUACCAGACUGCUCUCUCCUCCCUCACGAGUAAGGAUGUCUAACAGUUCCUUUCCCCAGCUUGUGCCAUGGAUUUCUUCCAGUUCUACCAGGAGUGAGGGGCUCGGGCUGAGAGGGUCCUGGAUCACAGCUUCCUCCACCCCACCCUGGAGUGAGUGCAGACCCCAAGGAGAACAUGUGGCAGACCUACCCUGCCCUCUACCAGCCAAUGGGGUCAGAAUGGAUGGAGAUGCGGAAGCGGCCUGUGUGCGCAGCCCAGGAGCCCGCAGCCUGCGCCCCCGGCCAGCCCGGAGUAGAGAACCAGGGAUCCAACGCUUGCUGCUUCUGCUGGUGCUGCUGCUGCAGCUGUUCCUGUCUCACUGUAAGAAACCAGGAGGAACAAAGACUUAGAAGGACUUCCUAUGAAGCCAGAACAGAAGACCUUCCCACCUGUGAAGAAAGCCCAGGUCCCACCCUGGAGGAGGCCAGUGCCUGGGCUCAGUCCUUUGACAAGCUCAUGCUCACGCCCGCGGGCAGGAACGCCUUCCGGGAGUUUCUGCGGACCGAGUUCAGCGAGGAGAACAUGCUCUUCUGGAUGGCGUGUGAGGAGCUGAAGAAAGAAGCGAAUAAAGCCAUGAUUGAAGAGAAAGCGAGGAUCAUAUACGAAGACUACAUUUCUAUUCUCUCUCCUAAGGAGGUCAGCCUGGACUCACGCGUGCGGGAGACCAUCAACAGGAGCAUGGCCGAGCCCUCCCGGAACAUCUUCGACGAUGCCCAGCUGCAGAUCUACACGCUGAUGCACAGGGACUCAUACCCCCGCUUCAUGAACUCCGCUCUCUACAAAGACCUGCUCCGCUCCUUAUCCGAGAAAGCAGUGGAAGCCUAGGAUAUCAAAGAUAUUUAUUAUUAAUAAAAUAAUCCAAGAACUCGUGGGCUCCGUCUAGGACAGGGACUUUAGAGGCGGUAGUGUCUUCUGCUGGUCGUGCUCGGGCUGUUUUAAUAACAGACGCUUUCUUCUGCAGAAAACUGAUACAUUCACCAAGGAAACUGCAGCCACCUUUCCUAAUCCUUUUGGAAAGACCAGGGUAUGGCUGUGUAGAGAGGCUGUGUAGUUACAUUUACGCAGACAGUAGUGUGUUCUCAAGGGACAAAGGAUACACAAGAAGACACCACAUUGCCUUCAAAGGGCACAUCAUGGGAACAGACAGGACCCAGAUUCCCAUUUUAUAAAAAUGUGAUCGCUACCUGUAAACUUGGUACCCUGCUGUAUCUUAGGAUACAUGUAUGUAUUGCUAAAUGCAUAUAUGUUAAUAUGUAACUUACAUGAUUGAUGUAAAGCGCUGUGCUCUUAACUAGAUCAGCCUCAAAAAUCUGGUAAGAGAAGCAGUGUUUAGAAAAUCCUUUUGUUGACAAGUUACCUUUAUUUUUUAUUCCCAGAGCCUGUCAACCUAAAGAAUGAAUUUUCAACUUAGUGGCAUUCAUCACAAACAUUCAAAUAAGCAUAUUUCCUUUUUUAGUACUGAAAGAAACAUGGGCAUUUUCACUCUAAAAAAAUAAAGCACAAGAGUUUUAUCUCA